CAGCUCAGAAAGAGAGGGAGGGAGGCAGAGAGAGCGCGAGAGCGAGAGAGAGGAGGCCGGGGAUAAAGCACGGAGAAAGCCUGGAUCGGUUCCGCUGUGCGCGUGCAGAUGUGUACCGUAUACAAGGCAACGGCGCGUGAACUUGAGGAGUUUUAUUUGGUUCAAGACAAACCGGACAUCUCCUCCGGAGAGGACUGAAGGGGGACUCACCUGGUUGCUACGGAGACAGUUUUAAUAUUUUAAUCAGUUACCAAGCAUCACCAUGCCGUCCAACACUACCACACUGCCACCAUCAGAGGACCCCACUACACACAUGAGUGAAGACAGAGCGGUCCAUGUGGGCCCAGAGGAGGGGAGUUUAGCCAGCCCACCCGCACUCUGCAGAGUUGAUAGACCCAACAGACAACACAACCACACUCUUUCUGACUCGUGUGAGAUGGCACCCCCCACACCCCCAGAGGAAGUUGACCCCUCCCCUCGCAGAAAACGUGGCAGGCGGAAAAUGGAGCCUCUGGAGCCGAAGGACCCCAACAUGGAGGGGGAAGGCAGCAGGCUGCGCAGAAGGCCGGUUCCCAGAGAGACCUUUCAGGCUGGAGAUCCUUUUUACAUCAGCAGGAGACAGAGAGACAAGUGGAUCAACUGCUGGAGUAGAGAGGCUGAAAUGCGGGCCCACCAAGAGGAUGUGAUGAGCGUGAUGGAGAACCUAUCAGAGCCAGAGUUUCAGAAGGAGGAGGAGCCAGCAGCCAGUUUAGCCACUCCCACACCCCAGCAACACACUGACCCCGCCUCUCCCACCAUCGCCAUGACGCCAGAGCCUGUUGCCAGGGGCCACCGGGCCACACCCAGAGAUUCAGAGUACAAGGAUGGUAGGGGGUUUGGUUUGGGCUGUCUGGUGUUCGGGAAGCUGCGUGGGUUCUCCUGGUGGCCUGGGCGCAUCGUCUCCUGGGUGAUGAGUGGGAGGAGCCGUGCAGCAGAGGGAACACGCUGGGUCAUGUGGUUCGGAGACGGGAAGUUCUCUGUGGUGUGUGUAGAGAAGUUGAUGCCGCUGAGCUCCUUCUCCUCAGCCUUCCACCAGCCCACCUACAACAAACAGCCCAUGUACAGGAGGGCCAUAUAUGAGGCACUACAGGUGGCGAGCAAGCGUGCCGGCAAGCCUCUCCCCUCUUGUGAUGGUGGUGAUGAUGCAGAGGGUGGGGGGGCGGAGCUACAGAAGCAGAACAGGAAGUUGAUAGAAUGGGCCAUGACAGGCUUCCUGCCCAGCGGACCUCAGAGUCUGGACCCCCCUGAUGAAGAGAGACACCCAUAUAAGGACGUGUAUCCUGAGAUGUGGGUGGAGCCAGAGGAAGCUUACACCCCGCCCCCUCCGACGAAGAGGCCCCGCAAGAACGUUGCUGAGAAACCCAAGAUCAGAGAGGUCAUCGAUGAGGGGACUAGAGAGAGACUCAUCCAAGAGAUCAGACAGAAGACCAGGAACAUGGAAGAUAUCUGUAUCUCCUGUGGUAGCCUCAACGUCUCUCUGGAACACCCUCUCUUCAUCGGAGCCAUGUGUCAGAGCUGCAAGAACUGUUUCUUGGAGUGUGCGUACCAAUACGAUGAUGAUGGAUACCAGUCGUACUGCACUAUCUGCUGUGGAGGACGGGAGGUCUUGAUGUGUGGAAACAACAACUGCUGCAGGUGUUUCUGUGUGGAGUGUGUGGAUCUUUUGGUGGGUUUGGGUUCGGCGUCAGCUGCGAUCAGAGAGGACCCCUGGAACUGCUACAUGUGUGAAACACACAACACACACGGGUUACUACGACGACGCGACGACUGGCCGUCACGACUACAGGUGUUCUUCGCUAACAACCAUGAACAGGAAUUUGAGGCAGCCAGGUUGUACCCUCCUGUAGCAGCUGAGAGGAGACAGCCAAUCAGAGUCCUCUCUCUGUUCGACGGUAUCGCCACAGGUCUGUUGGUGCUCAGGGACCUAGGUAUUCAGGUGGACAGGUACGUGGCUUCAGAGGUGUGUGAGGAUUCUAUCACCGUGGGGAUCGUACGUCACCAUGGUUCCAUCAUGUAUGUUGGAGACGUACGCAACGUCACGCGCAAACACAUCCAGGACUGGGGUCCGUUUGACCUGGUGAUUGGAGGAAGUCCCUGUAAUGAUCUGUCCAUCGUCAACCCCGCCAGGAAGGGACUCUUCGAGGGUACUGGACGGCUGUUCUUUGAGUUUUACCGGCUGCUCCACGAGGCCCGUCCCAAACCAGACGACCACCGACCAUUCUUCUGGCUCUUUGAGAACGUCGUUGCCAUGGGGAUCAGCGACAAGAGAGACAUCUCACGAUUCCUCGAGUGUAACCCAGUGAUGAUCGAUGCCAAAGAAGUGUCUGCUGCUCACCGCGCCAGAUACUUUUGGGGAAACCUGCCGGGCAUGGGGCGUCCUCUCACAGCCAUGGUGAAUGAUAGAUUGGAACUACAAGACUGUCUGGAGCACGGACGCACAGCCAAGUUUGGGAAGGUGCGUACAAUAACAACGCGUUCUAACUCAGUGAAGCAGGGGAAGGAUCAACACUUCCCUGUUUACAUGGACAACAAGGAGGACAUACUCUGGUGUACUGAGAUGGAGAGGGUUUUUGGGUUCCCGGUCCACUACACAGAUGUGUCCAACAUGAGUCGUCUCUCCAGACAGCGUCUGUUGGGGCGGUCUUGGAGCGUUCCAGUCAUACGACACCUCUUCGCCCCACUCAAAGAGUACUUCGCCUGCAACUAAUACACACACACACACACACACACACACACACACACACACACACACACACACACACACACACACACACACACACACACACACACACACACACACACACAAACACACACACACACACACACACACACACACACACCUCAACUGAAAGAGUUCUCAGCCUGGAGCCCAGCCCAUGACCCACAGGCCGAUGCCCAACCAGAAAGGUUCCAGCCCCGCCCCGGUGUUAACCAAUCACAAGCCAGGAUACGCCCCAACCCUGGUGCUAACCAAUCACAAACUAAACCUGUUAUCCAGCCACAAAACAAUACUCCGACAACAUGGACUGUCUCUCUUCCAGUCUCUCUGUCACUCACACCUCAGAUUCCAUGGUGCUAGUUGACAAAGGUGCUUCAACACUCAGUGGUGCUUAAUCUCCUUUACAUCUCCCUCCUGUUAAUCAAAUCUAUGGUGCUACACACACACACACACACACACACACACACACACACACACACACACACACACACACACACACUACCAGGUCUUUGUUCAGUAGUUUCAUUAGUUUGCAGUGUUUCUUUCUCUUCAGGUAGCAGCUUGUUUUCUACUGUCUCUAAGUGCAGCGUAGCAGAGGGGUUAGAGGUCAGGGGUUAGAGGUUAGUGUUCUACAGUUAAGCGUUGUGUAGGUAGUUCAGCAUGACGAGUAACUUGCCUGAGACCUGAGGACUCAGGUUAGCGCCCAGAGAGAGCCUAGUCUUUAGUUCAGUGGGCUAACAUGGUCUCGUGGCGCACAGACAAUCCAGGUUUACACAGCAGUCAGUCACACUAGUGGGUUACACAGUUUGCUGCACACACACACACACACACAUACGCACGCACGCACACACACACACACACAUAUACACACACACACAGUUGUGAUGAGCUGUUUCCAACCCUGUGCUCCGUCAUGCGCAAACACAGCUGUCUCCCAUGGUGCAGUGGGGCGUUAUGUCAUAAGGUGCUUGCUUACGGUAACAUGGUUACUAUGGGUUACUAUCAAUUACUAUCUGUCAGUAUAGUGAGUGGUCUGUUGUACUGUAGGGGGAGGGGCUUGGGGGCAGGGGGUGGGAUGUUUAUUUGUUGUUUGAUGUGAUUUACUGGUGGUUAUUUGAUUGACAGGUGAUAAGUCAACGAGGGUAUCACCCGUUGAGAGUUUUAACAGGGUGGAGUCCGAGCAGGCUGUCACACACAGACAUGCACGCUCCUCUCACAGGUGUAAUGAAAUGUGUUUUGAAGAGGAAGGACCGGUGAUGUUUCAAAAGGUGCUAAAAUGAAAAAAAAAUAGAAUAUAUCAGAUCUAUAGUUAGAAUAAGGUUGUCUUUCCAAUGGCUGUAUUUAGUUGUGGUAGAGAGUCAAAGGCAAUAUUAUGUACUCUUGUAUCUUGUAUGCAGAAUAACUAAAGCAGAAUAACUAAAGGCAUUUUAACUUUGUACUUGAACCUGUAAUGAAUAAAGGAUUCAUGUUUUAGCCUAGAGAUAAUGUCUGGCACACUGAUCGUGUAUUAUGGUACAUAUACCUUCCUCCUCCCCAGCAAACCGGGAACAUUCCCAGAACGUUAGCUCAGAUUCCCAUUAAGUUCUAGUUAGGGUUUAAUGUAACAUUAGGAUGAUAUCAUAUAUUUAUUUAUCAAAUGUGUUUUAAGAGAACAUUCCAAGGAUAUUUCAUGUAACAUUUAACAACCACAAUAGAACAUUCCCCAAAAGUUUGUAUGUUUGUAUAAAACAUUUGCAUGAUGUUGCUAGAACGUUCCUAUAAACAUAUGUAAUGUGUUCUUUAAAAGGUUCCCAGAAUGUUUCAUUAGGUUGUGGGAACAGUCUGGUGGGAACAUCACAAUAUAUAUGUUCCAAAACUG